AUGAGCUACUACGGCAGCUACUAUGGAGGCCUGGGCUAUGGCUAUGGCUCUGGUUAUGGUUGUGGAUGUGGCAGCUACCAUGGCCUAGGCUAUGGCUAUGGCAGCUGUGGCUGUAGAGGCCUGGGCUAUGGUGGCUAUGGCUAUGGAGGCCUGGGCUAUGGUGGCUAUGGCUAUGGCUGCUGCCGCCCAUCUUGCUGUGGAAGGUAUUCUUCCUAUGGCUUCUACUAAAAAACUACCUGCUCCUGCCAUGUCAUGGAAUCCUUCUGCAACCCUGCUUGGGAUAAUUCUAUAUUAUAAGGACAUCACAUUCCAUCUGCCUCUGAAGCUUGGUGACAUAAGAGAAAUACCAGAAGAAGUUUUGUCAUAUUAAUGAAACAGAGCAGUAAAGUGCCAGAAUUCAAAAGCAUCCAGACUCAUUUUUCUGAGAAUGAUGCAGAAUCUCAGCUGUCAUGAAGAAGAUGCCCCAACAACAUUUCCAGCAAGUUUACUCAGCUCCAAUA